ACCAAUGUUUACUUGUUUACUUUACCGUAAAAUGACCCAAACUUGACAGGUGCACUGACGAACUCGUCGCUGUCAGAAUAUCUCGGCUCCUUGUCUCGACCUGCGGGAGACAGGGCCUGGUGCAUUUUGGUCAUUUUUUGCAUUUUGUAAUUAAAUGGUGUCGGAGGUUUAGAAAGAUGGUGGAAGUUCUAGAGGCGGGGGACUAUGUCUCCAUCGCUGUCUACUUUGCCUUGGUGUUGGGCGUUGGAUUAUGGUCCACUUUCCGACCAAACAGAGACAGUACCGCCGGGUAUUUCCUGGCUGGAAAGGAGAUGCACUGGUUUCCGGUGGGCGCGUCCAUAUACGCCAGCAACGUUGGCGCCCCCAUGUUCAUCGGUCUGGCGGGAACGGCAGCGGCCGGCGGGUUUGCAUGUGCGAUAUACGAGUGGCAUGCCAUCUACCUGCUGAUCGCUCUUGGGUGGAUCUUCGUUCCUGUCUACGUCGCCAGCGGGGCGUUCACAAUGCCGGAGUACCUGAAGAAGAGGUUUGGGGGGAGGAGACUGAGAGUGUACCUGUCCGGCCUGGCCCUCGUCUUGUACAUCCUCACCAGAAUCACGGCUGAGGUGUACUCGGGCGCCAUCUUCAUCCAACAGCUGUUGGGGCUGAACCUCUACGUGUGUGUCGUCGUCAUCCUCGGCGUCACUGCCAUCUACACUGUGGCUGGCGGACUUGCUGCUGUGAUCUACACAGACACUCUGCAGACCAUUAUCCUGCUCAUCGCAUCCUUCAUCCUUAUGAUCAUCAGUUUCAUCGAGGUCGGUGGCUGGGAGCAGAUGAUGCGGAAAUACGUCAACGCUGCCACCAACUACACCCUGGCGAACCCAGACAAGUACAAGUGUGGGAUGCCUAGGGACGACUUCCUUCACAUCUGGAGGGACCCUGUACAAGGUGACCUUCCCUGGACGGGCACCGUGUUCGGGCUUACCACCCUCGGGCUGUGGGUGUGGUGCACGGAUCAGAUUAUGGUACAAAGAUGUCUAUCCGCCAAGAACCUGAGUCACGCCAAAGGUGGGUCCGUGUUCGCAGCCAUCCUCAAGAUCUUCAACUUCUUCCUGUGGAUUGUCCCCGGUAUGAUCAGCCGAAUCCUCUUUCCAGAUGAUGUCGCCUGUGCCGACCCCGACCACUGCGAGCGCGUCUGUCAGAACCGUGCCGGCUGCACCAACAUCGCCUACCCACUCCUAGUCCUCAGAAAAAUGCCCGUCGGUCUGAAGGGGGUGAUGCUCGCCGCCCUCCUCGCCGCUCUAAUGAGCUCCCUCACCUCCAUCUUCAACAGCGCCAGUAGUAUGUUCACCAUGGACAUCUGGAAGAGGUUCCGGACGAAGGCGUCCCAGGCCGAGCUGAUGAUCGUGGGGCGAGUGUGUGUCCUGGUGUUGAUCGGCGUCAGUAUCUUGUGGCUCCCCAUCCUCCAGGCGGCACAGAGUGGUCAGCUCUGGAGCUACCUCCAGGCGGUGUCAUCCUACACCGCCCCACCCUGGACCUGCAUCUUCCUCCUCGCACUCUUCUGGAACAGGACGACGGAGCCGGGUGCGUUCUGGGGUCUAAUGAUAAGUCUGGUGGCGGUAAUCCGGAUGGGGAUGGACUUCUCCUACCCGGCCCCCUUCUGCGGCAGCGAUGACGUGGACAACCGACCGGAAGUGCUAUCUAAAAUCGGUUUCCUUCACUUCGCCAUCAUCCUGUCUGGUGUAUCCGUCAUCUCAACUGUCAUCAUAUCUCUCCUGACGAAACCACGACCCCCAGAGAAGCUGCGUCGUGUCACGUGGUGGACCCGCCAUGACCCACUUGACCCCGAGGAGUCCGAUUCUGAUGGUGAAUAUAACGAUGAUGACGAUGAUGUCGACGAGCCGGCAGCUCCAAUACCAAAGAACAAGUCAGUGGGUCGGAAGCUCUACAACUGGCUGUGCGGUAUAGACGACAAACCCAAGCCCAAGAUCACCAAAGAGGAAAGGGCUCUGAUCAAGAAGAAGAUGACGUCAAUUGCCGAAAAUCCCCGAGCAAAGAAGAUUGCAAACAUCGCCGCUAUUCUGUCGGCGGUUGUCACAGCCUUCCUGCUUGGCUUCUUCUACUAGAGCUGCUAUACAACACCUGUUUUCAGUCAGGCAUUUCUUUAUCUCGUGUAGGUUUGGGCAAAGUAUCCUCAUUCAAUGGUUAGAUGGAGCAAUGGACAGUGGGGAUGUUGGAAUAUUUGAAAUGGUCUUUUGAUCUGAUUCAGGGUGAUUAUUAUUGCUUAUGAAACGGACAAUACAAUUAUGACAGUUUGGAUUUCUUGACAAACCCUUAGCAAAGACUACCUGCUUUAGGUUCAUUGGUCACCUGGGUUGCUGGAACUUUUUGAAAUGCUUUUUCGAUUUAAAGAUAAUCCUUUUUUGGUAAAAACACAAAUUGUAAAGAUGUGAAUCACUUCGGUCUCUGUUGAAUAGGAUUUAAGAUUUCUGUCAAAUUAGAACCUUUGGUUAAUAUUUAUGAGCAACAUAGGGAAUAGGACUGCCAUAAACUCAACACUGUCAGUCCACAUUCGUAAUUUGGUUUUAGCUGUGUUACCACUGAGUACACUUUCACUUGUACACUUAACGUAAAGUGUCUUUAUGUUCUGUACAUGUGUAUGUACUGCGAUCUUUCUAUGCGCUUUUUCGAAACAUAUUUUUGAUAGAGAACUCUCAGUCUGUUCAGGACCGCAGGGUAGCUGAGCGGGUAAAGGGCCCUUCUGUCGGAUAUGUGGCGCAAUGCGUGAAUCCCGGUUCUAGUGUCCAGGCUUGAAUGAUGCUGGGCUGUUGAUAAACGCGGCGUAACACCAUAUUUACUCAUGUUCACGCGAUGUUCAGACAAUUUCGUUUUCUCAGUGAAAAUACUUCAUCAGCCAUUCGGGGUGUGCGUGUGUUUUCAGAUGUUUAACUGCCAGUUCACUUAAGUGCCGAUACCAAGUGGUCUGUCCAAAACCACAAGUAAAUAUCCAAAUCCCAUCACACGUUUCCAACCACAGACAUGAAGAUAACAAAACUGCAUAUACACUUUAAUCUUAACGGUUUUGUGACCAAUUAAUGACUCAAAAGCAUUAUGUACAUUUGUACAGUUAAUGCAAAACUGAUUAUAUUCCCACCUCUAGUUUUAUUUUAUGGUUUAAACAAAAUAGUACGAUCAAUCAAAGCUAUAGGAGUUGUUUUGUGUUGAUAUUGUGAUAUUGUUCAUUUUUGUAAUACUAUAUUGUAAAUGUUUGUAAUACUCUUAGGCAAUAGAAUAUGUAUUUAUCAAGAUCAUCUACGUGAGGUGUAUACUAUAUAUUCAUAAAUGUAAAAUAAACGUUAUAACUGUG